AUGGCAGCUCGCAGGGUAUCUUCCUUGCUUUCUCGUUCUCUCUCUGCUUCUGCUUCUGCUUCUCUUCUUUUGUCUCCAGGAACAAGUCCUAGCAGGGGAAGGGGCAUCUACAGGUUUAGCACUGCUACAGCGCUCGAGGAACCAAUCGCUCCACCUGUUCAAAUUAGCUACACUCAGCAUUUAAUCAAUGGGCAAUUCGUCGAUGCAUCAUCUGGCAAAACCUUUCCCGCGUAUGAUCCUCGUAAUGGAGAAGUGAUUGCUCAUGUGGCUGAAGGUGAUGCUGAAGAUGUCAACCGUGCAGUAGCUGCUGCUCGUAAAGCAUUUGAUGAGGGACCAUGGCCGAAGAUGAGUGCUUAUGAAAGGUCACUGAUAAUGUUGCGUUUUGCUGAUUUGGUUGACAAACAUAGAGAUGAGCUUGCAGCGUUAGAGUCAUGGAAUAGUGGGAAGCCUUAUGAACAGUCUGCUAAAUCCGAGUUGCCAAGUUUUGCACGUUUAUUUCGUUAUUAUGCUGGCUGGGCUGACAAAAUCCAUGGGCUAACAGUUCCAGCAGAUGGUAAUCACCACAUUCAAACAUUGCAUGAACCCAUCGGUGUUGCUGGACAGAUAAUUCCAUGGAACUUUCCUCUUAUCAUGUUUGCUUGGAAAGUUGGGCCUGCAUUAGCUUGCGGUAAUACAGUUGUUCUAAAAUCAGCAGAACAAACACCUUUGACUGCUCUCUAUGCAGCGAAGCUUUUCCAAGAGGCUGGUCUUCCUCCAGGUGUUCUGAAUGUAGUUUCCGGCUAUGGUCCAACUGCUGGUGCAGCUCUUGCUAGUCACAUGGAUGUAGACAAGCUUGCUUUCACUGGAUCAACUGAAACUGGUAAAAUUGUACUUGAACUUGCUGCAAAAAGCAACCUAAAACCAGUUACAUUAGAGCUGGGAGGGAAAUCACCUUUCAUUGUAUGUGAGGAUGCUGAUGUUGAUAAGGCUGUGGAGCUUGCACACUUUGCUUUGUUCUUUAAUCAGGGACAAUGUUGCUGUGCUGGUUCUCGUACAUAUGUACAUGAACGUGUGUACGAUGAGUUCAUAGAGAAAGCCAAGGCACGUGCCCUAAGACGCGUUGUUGGCGAUCCCUUCAAGAAGGGUGUUGAACAAGGUCCUCAGAUCGACUCCGAGCAAUUUGAGAAGGUCCUCAGGUAUAUAAGAUCAGGCGUUGAAAGCAAUGCUACCCUUGAAUGUGGAGGUCAAAGAUUGGGCUCCAAAGGCUACUUUAUCCAGCCUACUGUUUUCUCAAAUGUUCUGGAUGGUAUGUUGAUAGCACAGGAUGAGAUCUUUGGCCCUGUGCAAUCCAUAUUGAAGUUCAAGAAUAUUGAUGAAGUGAUACAAAGGGCAAAUACCAGUCGUUACGGUCUUGCUGCAGGAGUUUUCACCAAGAAUGUAGACACUGCCAGCACCUUGUCGCGAGCAUUGAGGGUUGGGACUGUAUGGGUCAAUUGCUUUGAUGUUUUUGACGCGGCUAUUCCAUUUGGUGGCUAUAAAAUGAGUGGAAUAGGAAGGGAAAAGGGUAUCUACAGCCUCCAUAACUACUUGCAAGUGAAAGCAGUUGUUACUCCAUUAAAGAAUCCAGCAUGGUUGUAA